CCCUACUAUUCUCCUUUUAAAUCCGCAAAGCCCAUCUCCUUCUCUCUCUAAACCCAUCAAAGAUUCGUUUCGUUACGCGACGCCCCGACUUCGGUCUUUUUCUUUCCUCCUUUCUUCUUCCCCAUCUCACCAAUCCUGUUUCGAUUUAUUUUUCUAUUUCUUGGUUGUCAAGUUUAUUCCGUUUUCUGAUUCUAUUUAGAUCCCAUAUUCUGCCAUUUCUCCAUUCUCCGGAUCUAUCUAUGCUUGGACCCAGACACACCUAUUUACAUAUAAACACCCACCAAGAUUACUGUAACAAAUCUCCAUUUCUCAAGACUGAUAAGGUGGAUAAACACCGGGAAUUUUGCCUGGGUAUCUAGUCAAACAUGGAUUACGCUACCAAAAUGCAGAGAUGUCAUGAGUAUGUUGACGCCUUAGAGGAAGAGCGACGCAAGAUUCAGGUCUUCCAACGCGAGCUUCCGUUGUGUUUAGAGCUUGUCACUCAAGCAAUUGAGACUUGCAAGAAGGAGAUAUCCGGUACGACGGCCGACUACAUGCACGUCCAAUCAGAGUGCUCGGAGCAGACCAUGAGUGAGGUUGGUCCUCCCGUCUUGGAGGAAUUCAUUCCCAUCAAAAGGACUUCCUCUCCCGAUGAAGACGAGCAGGAAUCGCACAAGGCCAGCACCAACACUAACACCGAUAAGAAGAAAUCUGACUGGCUUAGAUCUGUUCAGUUGUGGAAUCAAUCCCCAGAUCCACCCCCGAAAAAGGAUGUGCCUAAGAAGACGACGACGGCGGACCAGGUGAAGAUAAACGGAGGCGCUUUUCAGCCGUUUACCAAAGACCAACCCACCGAAAACUGUACUAGCAAUAAACAACCGGCGGGAAAAUCAAACAAUAUCUCGGUGCCGGCAGCAGCGACGAGUUCAACGGACGAGAAGACUGGCGGCAAGAGGGAAGAGAAGGAAGGUCAGCAGACCCAGAGGAAGCAAAGACGGUGUUGGUCGCCGGAGUUGCAUAGACGCUUUCUGCAUGCUCUUCAACAGCUUGGCGGAUCACAUACUGCUACACCCAAGCAAAUCAGAGAGCUAAUGAAGGUUGAUGGACUUACUAAUGAUGAAGUGAAAAGCCAUUUACAGAAAUAUCGAUUGCACACAAGGAGACCAACCCAAAAUGUCCAAACCAAUGGCAAUUCACAAGCACCUCAAUUCGUGGUGGUAGGCGGCAUAUGGGUGCCACCUCAGGAAUACGCAACGAUAACUGCCGCAACAGCGCCGGCAUCAGGGGAAGGCUGCAAUGGAAUCUAUGCGCCGGUUCCGGUGGCAGCUCUACCAACUCCGGCGAAAGAGAGACCGCAGCAGACACAGUCACACCGCAUGCAAUCAGAAGAAAGAGGGUGCAGCCAUAGUGAGGGAAGAGUUCACUCAAGCUCUCCGUCCACGUCUUCCUCAACACACACCACCACAGCUUCCCCUGUGUUUUAGUUCUUUGAUAGAAUGAGACGCAGGCUCUUCUUGUACAAUUUUUUUAACAGAUAGUGAAAAGUUGAGAUAGACAUCAUUUCCCAUUUUUUUUUCUUUUUUUGGUGCCCUUAUGUUUGUGUAAUUUGAGUGUAAAAUUGAGAUUUGGACAAUACUGGAAGUGACAGUCCAGAUUUUGAAAUAAGAGGUAGAGUUCGCAGAAACUAGACUGUUGAUAAGGCAAAAUAAACUGUAUCCGUUAUCAUGAAAUCAGACUACCAAACUAGGGUUUUAACCAGUUGGGAAUUCAUUCUAA